AUGGGCCUGGGCUCCAGCGUGGAGCGGCUGGCGGGCGGCGCCGAGGGCUUCCACCUGCAUGGGGUACAGGAGAACUCCCCCGCCCAGCAGGCAGGCCUGGAGCCCUACUUUGACUUCAUCAUCACCAUUGGGCACUCAAGGCUGAACAAGGAGAACGACACGCUGAAGGCACUGCUGAAGGCUAACGUGGAGAAGCCCGUGAAGCUCGAGGUGUUCAACAUGAAGACCAUGAAGGUGCGCGAGGUCGUGGUGGUGCCCAGCAACAUGUGGGGCGGCCAGGGCCUGCUGGGCGCCAGCGUGCGCUUCUGCAGCUUCCACAGGGCCAGCGAGCAGGUGUGGCAUGUGCUGGACGUGGAGCCGUCUUCGCCUGCUGCCCUUGCUGGUCUGCGCCCCUACACGGACUAUGUGGUGGGAUCCGACCAGAUCCUCCAGGAGUCAGAGGAUUUCUUCACGCUCAUCGAGUCCCAUGAGGGGAAGCCCUUGAAGCUGAUGGUUUAUAACUCAGAGUUGGACUUCUGCCGGGAGGUGACUGUAACUCCCAACGCAGCCUGGGGUGGAGAAGGCAGUCUAGGGUGUGGUAUUGGCUAUGGAUAUCUACACCGGAUCCCAACCCAGUCCCCCAGCCGCCACAAGAAGCCACCUGGUUCCCUGCCACCUGGACCCAAGCCCCAGGACCCUCCUGACCCUCCUGCCCCUCCUGGACCGGAGAGGGGCUCCAGCCAGGGUGAUUACAUGGAGGCCCUGCUGCAGGCACCUGGCUCCUCCCUGGAGGCACAGCUCCCCACGCCUGCAAGUCCCAGCCAGGGUGCUCCAGACCUCGAGGGACCCCCACGUUCCAUGGAGACGCCUCUCCAGCCUCCACCUCCACUGCAGCGAGUCAUGGACCCAGGCUUCCUAGACGCGUCGGGCAUCUCCCUUUUGGACAGCAGCAGCGCCAGCCUCUGGCCCGGCCGACCCUCUCCCACGGGGCUGACCUCCACCACUACCUCAGUCUCGGGGCCCGAGGAUGUCUGCUCCAGCAGUGGGUCUCAGGAGCGGGGCGGUGAGGCCACCUGGUCCGGGUCCGAGUUUGAGGACUCCUUCCUGGAUGGCCCAGGCGGCCAGGCCCAGCUGGACCACCUGCCUCGGCUGAGUCUUCCCGACAGCCUCACCUCUGCAGCUUCACCAGAAGAUGGACUGUCUGCGGAGCUGCUGGAAGCCCAGGCUGAGGAGGAGCUGGCAAGCACAGAGAACCCCGAUUUCGGGAUGGAGACUGAGGGGGCAGCUAGCCAGGCCCAGAUUUCUGCCCCAGAAUAAUAGCCUGAGCUGGGACAGGCCCCCUGGGUGUUCCUGGGGCCCACACAAAUGAUGUGCAGGUUCUUGCUGCUGGGGGCGGGGGCUUCUGUGUCCACUCAGACCCUGCCCCUGGUCUCCAGAUGACCCCCGCAUUUGUUCUGCCUGGUGGCCCUGGCUUUGGGGACUCGGGUGCUUGUUUGUGGGAGAGCUGGGAGCAGCACCCCAGAUUAAAAUGCGUCCUGCAGGAGCUGGCUAGGAGAGGAAAGAUUCUUCGUGGCCUGGGCGGGCGCGGGGCCUGGG